AUGGUAGCCAAGGGAUACAGGCCCCAGAUGAUUUGGGCAAUGAUGGAAACGGAUUCGCAGAAGUAUUCGGAUCAUAGAGUCUUCUUGAGUUCAGGAAAACGCCUAUUUCAAAAACUCGCAUAUGGAUGUAUACCGAGUUUCUUACAACGAAGAACGCUACGACCCAACUCACCAAAGACACAAAAGUUACAUCCCACUUCAUAUCUCGACGGUCUGCGAGGGGUGGCUUCUUUCAUCGUAUUGAUGGGACAUUAUACUGAGGAGAAUAUUGGGUGGUGGACUGAACCAUAUGGAUUAUACGAAGAUGGAGCGCCUUCGUCACCUCUACAACUACCAUUUAUUCGACUAUUAUAUUCCGCCAGACCGAUGGUACAUAUAUUCUUCAUCAUUUCUGGAUUCGUCCUUACCUACAAACCCCUCAAGCAAAUACAUACUCAACAAUACUCGGCACUUGUAUCUACACUAUCCUCAUCCGUUUUCCGCCGCGCAGUCCGUCUUUUCUUACCGUCCUUUGUCACACUUUUCAUCAUGUCUAUGGCCGUGUAUUAUGGGUUCUCCGAACCUCGAUACGGCUUUCCUCUAUGGUCACUCGCCGCUCAGCUUGGAAGUUGGUAUGAAACAUGCUGGCAUCUAUUACAAGCAUCCUGGGGAUGGGACGACCCUUCUUGGCCUCUGCCACGCUAUAAUCCAGCACUUUGGACUAUCCCUGUGGAAUUCGCACAAUCAAUGCUUCUCUUUAUUGUUGUUCUGGGACUUUCUCAUGCUCGCAUAAAUAUGCGUCUCCUGAUUCUAGCAUGCAUCAUGUCGUUUUGUUUCUGGAGCGCACAACUACACGCAGUUGAAUUUUUAGGCGGAAUGUUCAUUGCCGAAGUUACACUUCUCCAGUCAUACAAUUCAACCCCAUCAAAUUCUCCCGAAUCCUCCCCUAUUCUCCCAACCACAGAAUUUAGCGACAAAAAGAGCGAAUCACCCAUUGCUACAGCCUUCGAUACGUCAAAUCACAAUACGACCCCCAACAAAAGCAUUCUCAUAAAGGUUUUCUGGAUUCUGAACCUCAUAUGCGGUCUCUAUAUUUCCUCCUGGACAAACUACCAUGUCGAUGAACUCCCCUUCCUGUCCACCCUCGACGCGCAUACCCCGGAACCCUACAAGGGCCAAAGAGUCUGGUUUUGUCUCGCGGCCUUCCAAAUCGUGCUCGCAUGCACACAACUUACCACUCUACAAUCUCUCUUCAAUCUACCGAUUCCUCAAUAUCUAGGUAAUAUAUCAUACGCCCUCUAUCUCACGCACAAUCUCUGCCUGACGAUCCUCGAACCGCGCUUUGGACCCCUACUCGAAAACACGAUUGGAAAAGAUUCGUUCAUCGGAAGACAUACCUUUUGGGCGGCUGGUUUGUUGGUCUAUGGACCGAUUAUAUUGUGGACGGCAGAUGUGUUUUGGAGGGGGAUCGACGUACCAUCUACGAAAUUUGCGAGGUGGCUUGAGAGUAAAUGUUUGAUAGAUAAGGAGAGUGAGAAUCCUAGGAGGAGAAAUACCCAAUUUUAG